AGGCUGGCCCACAGCCUCACGCCCAGGGGCGUGCUGGGAUGUGCAGGUGGGCCCACUCCUCUCACAGCUGGGUAGGGGUGGGGAAAUGGAAUGAGGGGCUGGCUAGGGGAUGGGGUGGGCUGUGAUGUCUCAACCUCAGUGACCUCAUAAAGGCUGCUGGAAACAAGGUUCCCGUGGACUGAGGCCCAGUGCCGAGGCCAGGGCUGGAGGAGGCCUGGGGACGAUGGAGGGCAGCCAAAGGCAGAAGACCAAGAGAUCCCCAUCGUCGGCACAGGGAACGUCCAGGCCUCCACCGCAGCCUCGAAGACUGUUCAGACAGGACCCAGGAGGGGAGCAGCGCCGCGGGGUGCAGAAAGGGAGGCCUCAGCAGCCCACUGCCCUGCUGACCCAGAGGCAGCCAGCAUCCGCCAAGGCCACAGGGGCUGAGCAGAGCUCCCAGAGGCCCGGGGAGUUCAGACGCCUUGCAGCUACCAGCUCAGCACAGUCAGGCUCCGGGUCUCAGAGCUCUUCGGAUGAGAACCUGCUGCCCCUGACAGCCCGGCAGCUGGCGGCGUUCCAGGAGAUCUUCAAACUGUUCAGCUCCAGCCCAACAGGCACCGUGGACAUGCACAGCAUGAAAGCCACCCUGCACCACGUGGGCAUCCAGCUGAGCCCACAGGAGAUGUGCAAGGCUCUGCAGCGGGCCGAGUUGGACGGCCAGGCGAGGAACAGCCGGUUCUGUGAUCCCCAGGGCCUGCAAACCUUGUUCUUAGAGAUGCUGUUCAAGCUGAUGAGCCAGGGCUUCUUGCCUCACAAGGUGGUGCAGGAAGUGAUGAGCUACUACACCAAGAAGCAGCGGGCUCUGCGGGUGAACCCUGGCUGGAAGGGCCGCUCCCGCGGCGGCACCAUGCACACUCACGCGGGCCUCACCUUCUUCUGCCAGGCCGCGCGCCUUGGCGGCCUCUCCAGCGCAGAGCUGGAGCGCUCACUGCACAGACUGCACAAAGCAGGUGCGCACAGCCCCUACUCUCAGAUACCUAACUUGGCCGGGCGGACACCCCAGAAGACCGGACGCGGCACCGAGCCCCGUGCCCCGACGUCCGACUUCCCAAGUCCUGCCAGUCCAGCAGCCACAAGCUCACGCUCACCCAGAGGUCUCGCAGCCAGGGGUUCGUGGGCCAGCCACUAGACUAUCUGCGCCCCUUGAAGAUGACUCCCUCCCCCCCCAACUCUAGUGCAGAAGCGGCCCUUCUCCCCUUCUCCAGCCUUUUUGCAGAAACCUGCUAUGAAAAAGUAAAGCGUUUGCGGAGCAAAACCGGCUGCGUGUGGUGGGGCAGGCACUGAGCGGAGGCCGAUCUUCUGCAAACAUCUUUAUUACUCUUGUAUAAAAAUAUGGUCCGUGGAGGGUUCCCGGAGCUGGAGGUGGAGCGCGAGGUUGCACUUUAUAAGUUACAGGCCAGGCUCCGGCUGAGGCUAAGUAUGGCUAUUAGGGGGAGAGGAGUGCUGCGAGCAGCAUCUGGGGGAGGGGCCGGUGAUGCUGCCCCCCCCAUGCCCCCGCACCCGACCACUUGAGAUGGGACCAUCGCGGAGUACAGCGGCAGAGGGGGCUGCCCGGCCCAGCCGAGCUGAGGACCACCUUCCUUGGGCCCCGGCUUGCCACCCCCCCGAUUCCCCACUGAGUCCAUCUGCAGAAACAGCGGUUACAGCGAGA